UUCAGUCCCAGCUCUAAAGUUUAAACAAAAGAAGAAUAAAAUAAAUAAAAAAAAGUAAUAAUAAAUGAACAAAACAGGAUGAAGAUGCAAGCUUAAACCCUAAACCCUGAAAUUCAACGUUCAUCUCCUCCAGCCCAAACCAAAUUCUCCGCCUCCGGCCGCCGGCAAGGAGCCAAGUGAAAAAUGGUGAAGAUAUACUAUAGGUACAAGGCCGCGUCGGCGUUUGGGGUGAUAGUGUCGGUUGACAGCAAUAUAACAUACGACAGCUCCGGCAAGCACCUAUUGGCGGCGGCGCUAGAGAAGCUCGGCGUGUGGCACGUGCGUCAGGGGAGCUGCACCAAGGCCUUAUCUCCGGCGCCCACCUCCUCCUCUCGCGGCCCAUCCCUCGCAGUCACCUCCAUCGCCUCGUCUUCGUCUACUCUGAUUGCAAGUGGGUAUGCUGAUGGUGCUGUAAGAAUAUGGGAUGUUGACAAGGGAACAUGUGAAACCACUUUGAAUGGACAUAAAUCUGCUGUUACAGUCCUUCAAUUCAACAAGCUUGGUUCUUUGAUUGCUUCUGGAAGCAAAGACUGUGACAUUAUUUUAUGGGAUGUGAUUGGUGAAGCUGGGCUCUUUCGCCUUCGGGGGCAUCGUGAUCAGGUCACUGACCUUGUGUUCCUGGAUUCUGGUAAUAAAUUGGUUAGUUCAUCGAAAGACAAGUUUUUGAGGGUAUGGGAUCUGGAAACCCAGCACUGUGUACAGAUUGUUAGUGGCCAUCACAGUGAAAUCUGGUCCGUUAAUGUUGACCCUGAUGAAAGGUAUCUGGUAACUGGGUCGGCAGACCCGGAGCUCAGAUUUUUCACGAUUAAGAAUGAUUUGGCUGAUGAAAACCCUGGGCUGGCGAAUACUGAAUCUGAUGUUGGCAAUGGAAAUGUCCCUGUGCAGAACAAAUGGGAAGUUCUGAAGCAUUUUGGUGACAUACAGAGGCAGAGCAAAGAUAGAGUGUCUUCUGUGAGGUUCAGCAAGUCUGGGAAUUUGUUGGCUUGUCAAGUAGCUGGGACGAUGGUUGAGAUCUUUCGCGUGUUGGACGAGUCUGAAGCUAGACGCAAAGCAAAAAGAAGAGUGAACAGGAAGGUGAAGAAAAUCUCAAAGGGAAAUACUAAUACUACCGAAAAUGGAAAAACGAAUGUUGAAGUAGAAGAGGGUGGUGAGGUCACGGUUACAGUCCCAGAUGUCUUUAAACCUCUUCAGGUGAUACGUGCCAGGAAGAAGAUAUGCUCUAUGUCUUUCUGUCCUAUCACUCCAAAAGGUUCCAUGGCAACUUUAGCAUUGGCUUUAAACAAUAAUAUGCUAGAAAUUUAUUCAAUCGAGAGCACUUCGGCAGCAAAAACAAGUGCCAUUGAACUACAAGGACAUCGUUCAGAUGUGAGAAGUGUCACUCUUAGCUCGGACAAUAGUCUAUUGAUGUCGACAAGUCACAGUGCUAUUAAGAUAUGGAAUCCUAGUACUGGAACUUGUCUCCGAACUAUUGAUUCAGGAUUUGGAUUGUGUGGCCUAUUUGUCCCAGGUGAUAAGUAUGCAAUUGUUGGCACAAAAACUGGGACUCUGGAGAUUAUUGAUGUCCGAAGUGGUACUUGUGUGGAAGUUAUUGAAGCUCAUGGUGGGUCUGUUCAGUCUAUUGUUGCAACAGCUGAUGGUUUUGUCACAGGGAGUUCGGACAAGGAUGUCAAGUUUUGGGAGUACCAAAUUGCCCAGAAAACCGGUGAAGAUUAUAAACAUCUGACAGUAUCUCCAGUGAGGAAUCUGAAAAUGAAUGACGAUGUUGUGGCGGUGGUGGUCAGUCCCGAGGGUAAACAUAUUGCUGUUUCCUUGUUGGACUCCACAGUAAAGGUCUUCUUUAUGGACUCACUCAAAUUUUUCCUCUCCUUGUACGGUCAUAAGCUGCCAGCUCUGUGCAUGGACAUAUCCUCUGAUGGGGAUUUGAUUGUUACUGGCUCUGCCGAUAAGAAUUUGAAAAUUUGGGGUCUGGAUUUUGGUGACUGCCAUAAGUCUCUUUUUGCUCAUGCUGAUAGGUAUUUCAUUUCAUCACUAGCUAAACUGUUCCACUACCCGAGCUCAUUCGUCUUUUCUACUCUCCUGAAACUUGUCAUGGCAGUUAAGUUUGUGAAGGACACCCACUACAUGUUUAGUGUGGGCAGAGACCGAAUGGUGAAGUACUGGGAUGCAGACAAGUUUGAAUUACUUUUAACUCUCGAUGGCCAUCACUCGGAAGUUUGGUGCCUGGCUGUCAGCAACCGUGGUGAUUUUAUCAUGACGGGAUCUCGUGAUAGAUCUAUACGCCGUUGGGACCGUACUCAAGAGGAUUUUACUAUUGAGGAAGAGAAGGAAAAAAGGCUGGAGGAGAUGUUAGAAUCUGACAUUGAUAAUGCAUUCGAGACUAAGUACGGACCAAAGGAGGAAGUUCCUGAAGAAGGGUCGGUGGCAUUAGCGGGAAAGAAAACUGGGGAAACUGUAAAUGCUGCCGACUCUAUUAUGGAAGCACUAGACAUAGCAGAAGAAGAAAUGAAGCGCAUUGCUGAAUAUGAGGAGGAGAAGUCGAAAGGGAAAGUUGCUGAUUUUAGGCCGAAUGUACUUUUGAAUAAUCGUUCACCAUCAGACCAUGUACUUCUGGCAGUUUCAAAAGUUCAGACCAAUGAUUUGGAACAGGCAUUGCUAGCUCUACCAUUCUCGGAUUCUCUAAGGGUUUUGUCUUAUUUGAAAGAUUGGAUUACAUUCCCUGAUAAGGUUGAGCUUGUGUGUCGGGUUGCGACUGUUUUGUUACACAUCCAUCAUAACCAGCUAACCUCUACAGUGUCCGCAAGACCUCUCUUAUCUCUUCUCAAAGACAUCUUGCAUGCAAGGGUUAAGGAAUGUAAAGAUACCUUAGGCUUCAACUUAGCAGCAAUGGACCAUCUAAAGCAAUUGAUGGCUGCAAAAACCGAUGCACCAUUUAGAGACGCAAAAGCUAAAUUACUCGAAAUACGUUCGCGGCACUCCCAACAAAACGACCGACGGGUUAACCCGCGAGAAGAAAGGAGGAAAAAGAAGAAGCAAAAGAAGCUCGAUGGCGAUCAUGUUUGGUCUUGAUUGACUUGUACGCGCGUCUUACCAAACUGCCAGUCGUU